AUGGCCAGCAGCGACCGGGAGAGGCCGCGCCGCCGCCCGUCGCCGGACCCCGUGGCGGUGCUGCGGGGCCACCGCGCCGCCGUCAGCGACGCGUGCUUCCACCCCGCACUCCCGCUCCUCUUCUCCGGCGCGGCCGACGGGGAGCUCAGGAUCUGGGACACGGCGAGCCACCGCACCGUCUCCUCCAUCUGGGCUCACGGUGGCGCGGCUGGGGUGUAUUCCGUCGCCUCUGGCUCCGGGCUUGGGAACGCGGUCAUUAGCCAGGGCAGGGAUGGUUUGUGCAAAGGCUGGGCGAUUGAAGAAGCUGGGCUCUCAAGGAGGCCCAUAUUUACAAUUAAAACAAGUACAUACCAUUUCUGUAAGAUGUCACUGGUUAAGGUUCCAUGUUCUGCACAUGGCACACAAACCAACUUGAGUCGCUCAAAUAGUGGCACUGAGCCACAAAGAGUACCUAUUGUAGAUAAUACUGGAUCAGAUGGUUUAAAUCCUGCAGAAGGAACACAAGAAUAUGAACAAGGCAGUUCCUUGGAUGGACAAAAUAUAUUGACAAUUGCUGGUCAAGAAUCGUUUGAGGUUGAACUUUGGGACAUUAAAAAUUCAACGAAGAUAAUGUGUUUGCCCAAAAGAUGCAGUGCUAAUAUGACAGGUCACCCUACCAAGCAAAAAGGUCUAUGCAUGGCCGUGCAAGCUUUCAUCCCGUGUGCAUCUGGAGGCUACGUUAAUAUUUUAUCAAGUUAUGAAGAUGGAAGCACUCUUUGGUGGGAUGUACGAAAGCCUGGGUCACCCUUAUCUUCAGUGAAGUAUCAUUCGGAAUCAGCUUUAUCCAUUGCUAUUGACGGUUUAUGCACCGGUGGGAUCUCUGGAGGUGCUGAUAAUAAAAUAGCCAUGUUUGCCCUUGAUCAUCAGAAGGGCACGUUUUCUCUCAGGAAUGAAAUAGAAAUUGAGAGACCCGGUGUAGCGGGUACAGCGAUUCGGCCAGACAACAAGAUUGCAGCAACUGCUGGUUGGGAUCACAGGAUUCGAGUGUAUAACUACAAUAAAGGAAAUGCUCUAGCGAUUCUAAAGUACCACAGCGCUACGUGUGCUGCGGUGACUUUCUCACAUGACUGCAAAUUGCUGGCCUCAUGCUCGGCGGAUACCACGGUUGCGUUAUGGGAGCUGUAUCCUCCCAAAACGCCCGGCAAAGUUGACAUAGCAAUAGAGGAGGUUGAGAAAUAG